UAUUCCAAAUUUUGUAUCAACUACGUCUUUACUUUAUAGUCUAACAAAUAAAAUUAAAAACUAAUAUAUAUAAGACACAUACAUGUCUAACAAAUAAAUUAAAAAACUAAUAUACACUUAAUAAUUUGAUAACCGUGACACGUGAGCCAGACGGCGGCCGGUUCGUGAGCAUCGGUGUCAUCACUAUUAGAAGUGCAUCUCCCGAUUUGUGAAAUUGUCAAAAGUUUUCAGUUUCAACUUUGCACCACCUUUUCAAAGAUAUAUUCCCUUCUAAUAACGCAAAAACCUGAUGGAUAACAAAUCAGCCGUGUCCGCUCUCCAGGAAUUCAGUGCCAAGUCCAAGACUUGUCCUCCGACUUACGAUUUUAUCGACGGCGAAGACGGUGGCUAUGUCUGCAAAGUGUCUAUGAUGGAUAUUGAAUCCUAUGGAAAUGGCCGCUCGAAACGCGAUGCCAAACACUUGGCUGCUGCGAAUAUAUUGCGAAAAAUCUGUAAACUUCCUUCCGUCGGCAGCAUGUUGUCUGACUUGGAGACCAAAGAGACCGAUGGAAUUAGCGAGCUGGCAGAUGAAAUGACCAAUCUGAAUCGUGAUAUGCUGAAGGAGCUACGCGACUACUGCGUCCGCCACGAGAUGCCGCUGCCCAUAAUCGAAAUUGUGCAGCAGAGCGGCACUCCCAAUGCCCCAGAAUUCGUGGCCUGUUGCUCCGUGGCCUCGAUUGUGCGCUAUGGAAAGUCGGACAAGAAGAAGGAUGCUCGCCAGCGGGCGGCCAUUGAAAUGCUGGCCGUAAUAUCUAGUGAUUUUGACGCCGUCCGCCCCGACCAAAUGCAGGUGGUGACCACGAAGGCAGCAGAGCCUGUACUCGAUGUAAACGAUGUGCUCGAGGAUGUGGAGACGGAGCGCAGGAAGAAAUUCAAUACCUACAGAGAGCUGACGGAUGCCGGUAGCGUGGACAACACGGGUAUGCGCCUCUGCGAUCGCCACAAUUACUUCAAGAACUUUUAUCCGGCUUUAAAGGAGGCGGCCUUCGAAGUCAUCAAUUCGGAUGAAUACAUGAGCACCAAGGACCAAGCGCUGAGCCUCUUGAGUGCCCUCAAGAUCACACCGAGCAUUGGAAUCAUAGAGUCGACAUCGAUAGAGCCUCUAAUGAAGGUCGAACUAAAUUGCGAAUUCGAUUGUCUGAUUCUGGGAUUCGAAAGUGAAAUUUACGGUCAGAUAAUAAACUAUUUCAAAGACAUGUUGGUCUGAGAUCCGGGAUCCAGAUCCAUUCAUGGUCCAUUAUGUAUAUGGUGUAUAUAAUAACAUUUAUUUUUAACUAGCUUCGGCUUACAAACUACGCAAACUGUCUCCUAUAUUUACACAUAUAAUGCACAUAUUCGCUUUGUAACUUAUCGUCUACAUAUUUCGGUUAAUAAUACAAUCUAAACACCACUGUGGAAGUGGUGGUAAAACAACA